UGGAUUGCUUACUUUGCAAGGAGGAAAAACUUCCAAACGAGUUUGUGACAGAGCCACUUUCUUCGGAAUGUGAGCACCCCGUUUUAUUUUGUCUUAGAUGUGCUGUAUCGGAGGUAAAACGUCAUUCUAAAUGCCCACAUAAAGGUUGCAACGCACCUGUACAUAUGAAGGAUAGACAGGUGAAGUUAUGCCAAGCCAUUCUCGAUGACCUGUUUAAGGAGUACGACGGAGACGAUGAUGAUACGCCCACCGUGUGCUUUAAUGUUGGUGGAUCGCUGACGGUUGCUUCACUUACCGGUGACUCUUUCACAAUUCCAUUUGACCCGAACAUGGAAAUUUUACAACUGAAGAGCAAGGUCAGAGAGAAUAUGCAGCAUGAUGUUCGCAAACAAAGGUUAAUAUACAAGGAAAAGGAGCUAGAGGAUAUGGUGAAUGGUCGAAAAGCUAAAUUGGCGGACUUCAAGGUUGCACCUAAUUGCACCAUCAAUCUAUUAGUCCUACUAUAUGCGGUUCCAGACAAUCUCAACGAUGUUGUUUUCGAUUUAGGUUGGGACUUUCCAUCACAUGGAAACGUGUGGCUUGAUGCCAUAAUAUUUUUCUACGCAAACAAGACUUUCAUCAACUAUGCCGAUUACCGUGAAAGCAAGCAAACGCCUUUACCAGGCAUCAGGCAUACGGGUGAUGUAUGGGAUCGUAUCAACAGAAAGGGACACCAAGUUAUUUACCUAACUCUCAAAAGUAUACCUUCCAAUAUAACCCAUAUGUUUCUCUUGCUGAGUGCGUACGAAGGUACACUACAGAGGUUUCCAAAGCCGUACAUUAGCUUUUAUGAGACAUCCAAUCGAUCCAAAGAUCUAUGUAGAACCACUAUUCAACACGCUCUAUCUGCAAAAACCGUGAUCAUGUGUUACAUGACGAAACGAAGCGGCAGGUGGGAGCUAUUUGAGUCCGGAAAACUCUGCGGUGGCCAUAUUUGGGAUCAUGCUCCUAUGAAAACAGUCGUGGAAGACCUAAUUGCGCAAGGUUGCUAAAAGAUAAAGACAGACCUUUAUCUGAUCAAACACAGUUUUGUAAUAUAUAUAUACAUAGAAGUAUGUCAAAGUAUGUUUGACGUUUCAGAUUGUUUUUUCAUGUAAUAUUAACAUGUAUAUAAUUAUACUAAAAUGCAUACUUUAAAGUAAAUUGUUGAUAUUUAAAUGAUGAGUUGUCUUCUUGAUAAACUGAAA